ACUCAAAGAUGAGGCUAGUCUGCAAUCGCAGAAUUCCGGUGACAUUACGCAAGAACUGUCAGCGGAUGUGAAGCUUGGACGACGAAAUUUGCGCGCCUUCGCCGAAUGACAGUCUGUUCUCGGCCGUGACGGUGGUUGAGGCAUGCGAAUGUAUUGGAGGGAGUGGAACAAAAACACAAUUUCGAUGUCUAGAACGAUAGUGAGUCAUCGUGAAAGCGUGAGUUCACCUUAGAACGGGAACGAGAUCAGUCACGACAACGAGGAGGAAACGAAGGAAGCGGGCAUCAUGGAAGUGCUGGAUCCCAGCGUCUCCAGAGACGAUCAGCCUCUUUGUGUCAACGAUUCCUUGGAACGAGUUAAUUCGUCGCAGAUACCGACUGAUACCAAAUCAUGCGUCAAAGCACGCCACACAUUGGGUUUCCUGGGUUUCCUUGGAUUUGCCCUAGUAUACGCUAUGAGGGUCAAUUUAUCAGUAGCCAUUGUUUCCAUGGUUAAUCAAACAGCAAUACCACAUACUGAAGACAAUGAUACCAGUGAUGUCUGUCCCAAAAUCAAGCCGACAAAUGGGACUUUCAUACCGAGCGCGGGGGAAUUUGCCUGGGACGAGAAGACUCAGGGCAUCAUACUGGGUGCUUUCUUUCUCGGUUAUGUGACCACCAACGUCCCGGGCGGCAGGAUGGCCGAGAAAAUGGGCGGCAAGUUAAUUUAUGGUCUCGGGGUGUUUCUCACCGCUGUUUUGACUGUGAUAAGCCCUUUCGCCGCAUAUUGGGGCCUGGUACCGUUCCUAGUAGUGCGAGUUGCAGAAGGAUUUACCGAGGGCGUAACAUUUCCCGCAAUGCAUAGUAUGCUAGCGCAUUGGGUACCACCGUUAGAGAGAAGUAAAUUCGCUGCUCUAGUAUACGCAGGCGCAAACUUUGGCACUGUCGUGUCGCUACCGGUAAGCGGCUGGCUGUGCUCUUUGGAAUUAUGGGGCGGCUGGCCCCUCGCAUUUUACUUAUUUGGUGGACUCGGUAUUCUGUGGUACGUAUUCUGGCUGAUAUUCAUAUACGACACUCCGGCGCAGCACGCAACGAUCGAUCCUUCCGAGAAGGCCUACAUCGAAGCCUGUGUUGAAAAGAAAGACGAGGACGACGACCCGGGAGUACCUUGGCUAUCCGUCUUCAAGUCUCUACCGAUGUGGGCGAUCACUAUCACGCAGUGCGGGCAAUCCUGGGCAUUCUACACUCUCCUGACCGAGCUGCCGACGUACAUGGACAAGAUUUUGCAUUUGAACGUGCAGCAGGACGCCUUUCUGUCGGCGCUGCCUUAUCUGAGCGCAUGGCUGGUGGGCCUUGGCAUAUCGAGCUUCGCGGACGCCCUCCUCGCGCGUAACAUGAUAUCGCCGUUGGCUUCGUUCAAACUUUGGAACACGGUCGCUUCGUUGGGGCCCAGUCUCAGUUUCAUCGGUGCUAUUUGGGCCAGAUGCGAUCGCAUGACAGUGAUGAUGAUGCUCGCCGUCUUGGGUUCCCUUCAGGGUGCGGUUUACGCCGGAAAUCAGAUGAAUCAUAUCGCACUGGCGCCGCGCUACGCCGGCACUUUGUACGGGCUGACUAAUGCCGCGGCGAACGCGUGCGGCUUCCUCGCGCCGUAUGUGAUCGGCAGUAUAGUACAGGGACAUCAAACACUCGCACGCUGGCACACAGUUUUCUGGAUGGCAGCUGGGAUAAACAUGGCCACCAAUUGCUUCUACCUGAUGUUCGCUUCAGCCACCGAACAACCAUGGAGCAAAGGCGGCAGUUGAUGACAAUGCCGCAUUAGACGCGCGAUAUUGAACGUGGAAAAUAAUAUUCUCUUUAAUCAUGUUGCACAUAGUACAUUUUAAUUCGGCUUUCUUCAAGAAUUCGCAGCUCACCUCUCUCUCGUGUGUGAUAUUCGGUGUUCAGAUAUCGCCGAGAUCAUUAAUUUAAUUGAUUUGACGUACUGAUUUCUCGACUUGAAGUUUUUGUCUAGUACGCAUGAUUGAGCGAAAUAUGAUAAUGACGAGUGGAAUUGAAUUUCGACGUUAUCAAGUCGAGUGCUGAUACACACGCUAUAGAUAUACGUCGAUGAAUAUGGCUCUCUGCGUCAAACAAUUGGAAGUGAACAACGUAUCUUCUCCUUCCAGUUGUUUUGUCUGCCUACUGACUUAAUUACGUCAGUUAUUAUAUGACGUGCGUAAGUGAAAAAAAACUUUUACAUUCCUAGGAACGAAUUGGACGAACGAACAAACUGUGAUAUGAGACGCGAUGCAUGCGGAGAAAUGGUAUUUAAUUUUUAUAGAUUUAAUUUUAAACACGCCUCGCAAUAGUACAACAGACAAAAACUUUAACAGUUGAAAUCUGCAAUAUGUAUACGUCAUCUUUUUUAGAUAUUUUAUGCGUAUAAACAUUCUGUACUAGUGACAGAAGUUAAAAAAAAAAAAAGAAAGCAAUUGGAAUUUGUUACUAAUGUACGA